UAGCGUUUACAACAUAUGGUGGUUCGUAUCAGGAGGGACCCGAAUACCAUACUUUUACAACCUUUACCUAAGUCAUGCAAUGGGAUGUUUGAUGCACAUGAGCUCAUGGUUAUACCGUACAUCAUUAUUCUUGCUUGUUUCCGUUCUCUUCAAACUUACGUGUUCUUUACAAAUACUUAGGCUAGAAGAUUUUGCUCAAAUGCUUGACAAACUAUCUGAUGUGCGUCCUAUAUUGAUUCAACACCUCACCAUCAAAAGAAACCUUCAUGUUAUAAGUCAUAGGUUUCGCGUAUUCAUUCUAUUGACAUUGAUACUAGUCACAGCCAGCCAGUUUGCAUCUUUGCUUGUUACAACCGUGGAGGGUUCAAUUGUCAAUAUAUCUACUUCUGGUGAACUUGCACUAUGCUCUGUUACACUUGUGCUUGGUUUAUAUAUAUGCCAACGCAGUGCAGCAAAGAUCACACACAAAGCUCAAUCAUUGACAAGCUUGGUGACCAAAUGGCAUGUAUGUGCAACCAUGGAAUCCCUCUCUGACAUGAGCAUAACUGAUGAGACUCGGAGGCCUAGCGUUAUUCCAUCAAUAGUUGAUAUGGGUUUAGAAAAUGAGAUAGCAGAUGAUGACGACGAACUAGACAAUACAAAGCUCAUUCCAGUUUAUAAGCAUACUGCCUCAUACCAGCAAAGACAAGCUUUAGUGACAUAUUUUGAGAACAAUGAAACUGGGAUUACAGUAUACGGGUUCAUGUUAGAUAGGACAUCUAUCAACACGGUCUUUGCAAUUCAGUUGUCUCUUGCCCUUUGGAUAUUGGAUAAAACAAUUGGGUUCGCAUAACCAUUCUUCUUCUUGUAAAAAACAUGAAAAUAUAAUGUGUGUACAAUGGAAUGUCAUGGUUCUGAAGAAUGGGUACUUCUAUCUUUCAAGUAUGUAUAUAUAUGCUACUUGCAAGAAAUCUAACUUCUUGGACUAGCUGCUUCAGAUUUGGGUGUUGCACAAUUUACUUGUGGCGUGCUUCAUAGACAGUUGCAGCCUUAUAUAGUUGAUGUCCUCGAUCUUGGACUAAUGAAUUCGAAUAUGGAUCUGCUUGGAAUCAAGAAGUCACUAGCAUGACAAUCUUGGAAGGUACUACCAGAAAUUAUCCUUUUUACCUGAUUUAAAAUUGGGACUUGUCCCAACUCCCAGCACAAAAGAAGACAUGAAGAUGAGAACAAAGAGAGAUUCGAACAAGAUGAUGUAUGAAGUCUACAGAUGGCCAAGAGCACAAAGUGAAGUUAAAUAUUUGGGACCUUGGAACAAAGAGGGAAUCACUUCAGUGCCCGGUAUGGUGGUAUUCAUAAAAGUACGUAUGAGAGAUUUGACAGUGAUCCUAUACUCAUCAUGGACAUUAGUCGACCAAUGUUCUAAGCUGAUCUUCCAAAAAAAUAAAAAAUAAAAAAAUAAGGUCAAAGUAGUCGAAGGCAGAUGUCCAACUAAUAACCUAGUUUCCAAAUAGGUGACCU